UUCAAGGCCUGUGUUUGGCGUAUUAAUCGAUUGCCGAUGGUAGGAUUCGCUGAAGAUGGCGGACACAAAUGCAAAACAAAUGGCACAAAAAAGUGCGAAAAUUGCAGCAGGAGCCGUAGUGUGUGUUGAAAGCGAGAUAAAGGGAGAUGUCACCAUAGGCCCCAGGACAGUGGUUCACCCCAAAGCUCGCAUUAUCGCAGAAGCAGGACCGAUCAUCAUCGGUGAAGGGAACCUCAUAGAAGAGCAGGCCCUCAUCAUCAACGGCUAUCCUGAAAACAUAAUGCCCGACACAGAAGGUGUGGAGCCCAAGACGAUGACCAUUGGAACAAACAAUGUGUUUGAGGUCGGCUGCGUGUCUCAGGCUUUGAAGAUUGGAGACAACAAUGUAAUUGAGUCCAAAGCGGAGGUCGGCCGGAACGUCAUCCUGACGAGCGGCUGCAUCAUCGGUGCCUGCUGCCAGGUGAACACGUGUGAGCUCAUCCCAGAGAACACGGUCAUCUACGGGUCGGGCUGCAUGCGGCGUGUGCAGACGGAGAGACCGCAGCCACAGACCCUCCAGCUGGACUUUCUGAUGAAGAUCCUGCCCAAUUAUCACCACCUGAAGAAGACCGUCAAAGGAAACGCAACUCCGGGCAAAAACUAGCGUGGAGGAGCAUCCUGUGCGUCAGCGCGGUAACAGCUGGGAUGUAAACACGAGAAGAAACGCAGUAUCCCACACGGCUCGGAAUUCUCCAAGACCAGUUGUAUAAAAUUCCUUAUAACCACCCUAGUAUGUUAUUCUUUGAAGUCUAAUAUCUGAUCAAGAUAGGAUUUAUGCUUUCUAGUCGUUUGUCUGUUAAUUUAAUAUGCUAAUUUAUAUGGCUUGCUUUAUGCUUUGCCAAAACAAAUAAAACGUUAAAAAGCAA